GUAAACUAAUUUCGGUCACGAGGUUGGGCGUUGGGCUUGGGUGUUGGGCGUUCAACUUUGAGCUCCCCUAAUGACUACCUGGGCUCAGGCUAUCCGUCACCCCUGGUAUGAUCCAGCACCUCCAAAGCGUAAAAUCUCUAACGCAGAUGACGAGCGCCGUCCAUCACCCUAUCAGCGCUCGUCACCAAGCCCGACGAGCCGCGCCAAGCGACGCAAGUUCAACACUUUGGAGCAUGGGUUUGCACACCUCACGCUCGCGUCGGCACCCACACAAAACGACUCAGCGAGUGGGCUGGUGAUUACGCCUAUUCAUCCCACUGCUUCAUCCACAACAUUUCCACCCUGUAAUGUUGUCCUCCCUAGCUCUGUCGAGGAACCUCCACACGAAAUUGAGGCCGUGGCGCCUGAGGUGAACAUGGAGGACUUGGACGAGGAAGAAUACACCGAUAAGAUGAAGCUGCACGACACGGCGCCUCAUUUUUCGAUCUCAACGCCUUUGCUUCAGCGCCUACGAAAACACCAGACGGUGCGACAGCCUAUCAUUCCUAUCUCGUCGCCCAGUACGGAAGCAGGCGCUCUGGUGUUGUAUCGGCCCUUGAGGCCGAUUUCCCCUACUCGCAAAGUGGAUGAACAGGCAGAGUCUGUGGAGGAGAUCAUCGUAUCGAGCUUUGAGCGUGAUGACGACGCGAUGGAUAUAGAGUAGAGGCAUAUGCAUUCGCACCACACAGAUUUGUUUGCUUUGGUACUUAUUAAUAUCCUAAACGAAACGUCGACUCUAAGAACCGCUCAUCUAUGGAA